CUUCUUCUUCUUCUUCUUCUUCUUCUUCUUCUUCUUCAGUUUCGUAAUUCGAUUCCUAAAGUCAGCAGUUUUGUUUCUUCAAUUUCUUCUCUGAUCAAGAAUCUCUGAUCUAAAGGGCUCUUCAACAAGAAGGGUCUAAAAGAUGGCAGAAACAGAAGAGAAUAGCGUUUUAAACAACGGAGUAUACAUUGUCAAUGUCUUGAAUGUGAUCGUUCAUGGGAAGUACAAGAGAUCCAUUUCUCAAAGAAUAUCUAGCUUCACUUCAUGUAGCAACUUGACAGUUGUGCUACUUUGGAUUGUAAUGAUCUUCUUGAUCUAUUACACUAAGAACAUGAGCCGUGAGAGUCAACUCUUUGAGCCAUUCGGUAUACUUGGCUUGGAACCUGAGGCCAAUAAAUAUUUUGUGGAGUCCAUAGCUAAAGCUUACCAAGCUUUGACUGAUCCAAAAUCCCGUGAAAACUUUGAGAAGUACGGUCAUCCGGAUGGUAGGCAGGGUUAUACAAUGGGAAUUGCUCUUCCUCAAUUUAUUUUAAACAUGAAUGGAGAAUCUGGUGGGGUAUUGUUGUUGUGUACAGUUGGUUUAUGUAUUCUCUUGCCACUCGUGAUCGCUUCAAUCUAUCUCUGGAGAUCAUCCAAGUAUACUGGGAAUCACAGAUUCCAGUUCGUAAAACCGACUGAUGAAUCUCUGCAGAAACUCUUUACGUCUGUCAAAAGCGAGCUAAAUCUGGAUCCUAAGAAGUUGAAGCAAGAGGAAGCUAAGUUUUGGAAAAAGAAUCCUGCAAUUAUCAAGACUGAGCUUUUGAUACAGAAACAGUUAACUCGUGAAUCAUCAAUUCUGUCUCUGACUCUGCAACGUGAUUUCAGGCGUGUGCUAGAGUUUGCGCCUCGCCUCCUUGAAGAUUUGAUGAAGAUGGCGGUUAUACCCCGCAAUGAACAAGGGCGUGGAUGGUUACGUCCUGCGCUUGGAGUAAUGGAGCUAUCUCAGUGCAUUGUUCAGGCUGUUCCUCUUAGUGCGAGGAAGUCAUCUUCAGAAGACAUUGCUUCUUUCUUGCAACUCCCUCAUUUCAAUGAGUCUAUCGCUAAAUCGAUAGCGUUGCAGGUUGCGAGUUUGUCAGAAACCGAUGUUCAAGACAUCGAGAAAGUGUUAGAAAUGAUUCCUUCUCUUAAAAUCGACAUAACUUGUAAAACAGAAGGCGAAGAAGGUAUUCAAGAAGGCGAUAUUAUGACAGUUCAAGCUUGGAUCACUCUAAAACGUCCCAAUGGACUCAUAGGCGCUAUUCCUCACUCACCAUACUUUCCUUUCCAGAAAGAGGAAAACUUUUGGGUUCUUCUUGCGGAUUCAAACAAUGUCUGGUUCUUUCAGAAGGUUAGUUUCAUGGAUGAAGCAGGAGCUAUAGCCGCUGCAUCGAAUGCUAUUACUGAGACAAUGGAACCUUUGGGAGCAAGCGUCAAGGAAACAAAUGAUGCAGUUAAAGAAGCUGUUGAGAAGGUUAAAAGUGGGUCAAGAUUGGUAAUGGGGAGACUCUUAGCACCUCUAGAAGGUACUUAUAACUUGACGUGCUUCUGCCUAAGCGAUAGUUGGAUCGGUUGUGACCAGAAGACAUCACUGAAAGUCGAGGUUUUGAAAAGAACCCGUGAUUUGGAGGGUGAGAAUGCAGAAGAAGGAUUGGAGGACGACGAAGAUGAGAUCGAAGAGGAGGAUUACGAAAGCGAAUACAGCGAAGACGAGGAAGAUAAGAAGAGAGGGUCGAAGAAGAAAGUAAACAAGAAGGAUUCGAGUUCUGAAGAGUCGGGAUCAGAUGAAGAGUAAAAAAACAAAAAGUAGUUAACUGU